UAUGACUAAUAAUGUGAAGGCGUGAAGGGAAGAUGGCGGGCUCUCCAUUUGAGAUUUCUGUCGUGAAAGAGAGUUGUUCACAGCUUGGAGAAGGCCCCCAUUGGGACGAGACGACACAACGGCUCAUAUGGGUGGAUAUUCUGGGGCAUAGCGUUCAUCUACUUGAUACUGUAACGGGAAAGGUGAGAUAAUUUUAUGCGUCUCUGUGUUUAACGAUAUAUAAACAAACAACCUGCCCUACGCUUUGUGGUAGUUGACGUUUGACAUGACAUAAAGUGAGUAUUAUAAAGGUAACACCUUUGGAAAGAUUUCCGUAUAACUUCAUUUCGGUUGUCUCUUUUUAACCCUUUGUUAGUGAAGAUUUCAGUCGUAAGUUAAAUAGGGGAUGAGGUUGUAGUUACGCUUUGUUGAUCGAAAAAAAAUGGGACCUACGUCUUUGUUGUUCAUCAUUUGCAAAAUUAUCUGCUUCAAUAUUUUACGCCUUGCGACAAUUUUGUUCCUUCUUAGUUUGCGAUUUUUUAUUUCGUGUAAAUCUCUGAUCAUGUAUUUUGUGAUAUCGAAAUCUGACGGGUGAGGUAGUUUUGCAAUCGAAAUUGCCUUUGGGCUUUUUGGAGCCUACAGCCCUAUCAAUUCCUUACAAAGAUCAAAUUCUCGGGAGCGAAGUAGAAUGCUUGGCAACCGAGGAAGGCAAUAUGAUUUUAUUUAUGUACUCGCUGAUCUUUUUGUCUCAUACGUGAUUGUGUCAAACGAUAAGAAUCAAAUUAAACUGUAGAAUCCAAAAGCUGAGAGGAUUAGUUAGUCAGUGACAGUGGAACAUUUUAGAUUUUUUUUAUCUUUGUUUGGAAAUUGUGUCAAGUUUUUAGCCCUGAACUAGGCCAAAAGACAGCGAUAAAAAAAUCUCUUCAGCUGGUUUUGCUUUAAGGGUUAAGGUAACGUACAGAUCCAUUUGAAGCUUCAAUUCUCCCUCUCUCCUGAGCAAACCCCAGGCUUUUUACUGCUGUCUGUGCCCAAAGGGUGAGGAGUUUGAAUUUGUUUUAAUAGGGGAAUUUAAAGGUUAAAGAGUCUCCUUUCAAGAGGAAAUGGCUAAGAAAGACAAUUUUCUCAUCAUAGAAUGAUGCUUACAAGUGAGACCAAACAGCAGUACCAAAAACUAAUACAUUGGAUCACCAAAUAUUGGGUAGGGCAUUUUGAAUGCAAUUUUGGCCCAGGGAAGGUGUUAAAUUGAACAAGCCAAUCUCCAAAAGUUCAAUGCCAGGGAGGGUUGCAUGGGGGUGGGAGGGAGAGGGAGGUUGUUGAAGCUUUGAAUUGAUUGAUGCAUAACAACCUUCUGAUGUGUUCUAUCUUUAGGAUGUAAAAUAUCAUUUUGAUGGACCAGUUGGAGCAGGUAAAUGAAAACAAUAACUCAGUUGUAAUUAAAAUGCAACUUCUCCCAUCACUUUCAAUCUGUUAUCCAACAAUCAGCUGAUGAGAAUGAAUAAACAUAUCUUUUAAUUAGUGUAUGGUAACAAGAUAUUGUAUAGUAACUAGUGGAAAGUUUGAAGUAUAAAUCUUAUUUAACCCUUUAAUUCCCAAAGGAGAUUAACAUGUAACCUCUCCCUAUAAUAUCUAUAUAUUAUCUAGCAAACAGGUAAUGAGAAUACUUAAACUUAUCUGAUAGAAGUUAUUUUGAUCUAACACCAACUUCUCAUUACUAACCUACAAGGAAAUCUGUAGCAGCUAGAAGGGAGAAUUAACAAUCAGAUCUAAGAGUUAAUCUAACCUUUAUCUAUGAAGUAACAAGAAUGGCUACAUAGGAAUCCUUCAGAACUUUCAUAGGAAUAUAUUUAAUUAAUGCUAAAAUAUGACAGUUUUAUUGAAUGGAUUAAGAACAGUUUAUUUUUAAACUUUAAAAAGAAGUUUGCGUUUCUAACAGAGAGUUUCAAUGAGAUCUUUAACAAGAGGGCCCCAGAAUUAUGACAAGAGGUCUUGCUAAGCUUAGGGUCCCUGGACAUGCACUCAGUAAAGACUUCUUUAUAAGGAGACUGUUGGAUAGUUUUCUAGAAAAGACAAGGACAGUAGUAUACAUUUUUAUACAUUCAAUGAGACAAGCGUACAUUGAAUUUGGGAAAUCAGUGCCUGGAAAGUCAUCUAGCAGCAGGUCAUACAAUAAUCAGGUCAAGGACACUCAAGGUCAUGGUUAAUCAUGUCAUGCAUGACCACAGUGCAUGAUUUCUAUGGAUAAUCAUGUAAAGCUUGCGUGCUUUGUGUUGCUUGCCGAUUUAUAUAUUUUUACACAUAUAGAAAUAAAUUAUCAGUUCCACUUACUACCAUGACCAUUUGUUUUUUGUUUAGUGUAUAAUAAAACAAUACAUGUAAUUAGAUUCAGUUUUUGUGAUAUCCAGAAUUAUCAAGGUCUCCAUGAAGGUUAUCAGCCUCAGCCUUUGGCUUCCUCUGAUAACCCCUACCUCAACCUUGAUUAUUCUGGAUAUCAAAAAAGCCAUCUUACAAUAAUUGUUUAAAAAAUGAUAAAGCAGCUGGGCAAAGUUCAGUCCACAGCUGGUCAGCUUUUUCACUGCUCAGCCCUUAAUGAGACCCUUGAAUUUAAGUUAAUACUGUUCAACAGGUUUAUCAUCACUUUUUAAAUUUAUUGUAACUCUUUAACCCUUAAAAUCCCAUGAGCGACCAAGAGAGAAUUUCUCCUUACAAUAUCAAUACGAUAUCAACCAGACAAGUGAUGAGAAUAAAGAAAAAUAUCAAUUUGGGGGUAAUUAAUAAAUACUAUAUUAAAUUCUCUGAACUGACGUUAUAAGAAUGGUAUUGUUGACAGUAAGGAGAAUUACAAAUUUGAUCUGGGAGUUAAAGGGUUAAACCCUGAGAGUGACCAGCAUGUGAUUUCUCCUAACAGUCAUACUGCUGAAUCAUUCAUUAAGAUCAUGAUAAUGAGAAUAAUCGAAAUGAUCACCAACUUAAGAAGCUUUGAUUGCGUGACAAAUUCUCCUUUCCAACACUGUAAGAAAUGUAUGGAAAAAUAUAUUGGAAAGAGUAUGGAGAACAUGGAUACCGAUGUUUUGGUUAAGGUUGUCAAUUAUUCUCUACUUUAGCUGUGCCAAGGAAAAGAGGUGGUUCUUUGUUGGUGGCAGUCAAUAGAGAUUUUAUAUUCCUUGAUCUUGAGGUUAGGACCAUGAAUUAUUUGAAUAUGUUUAUUAAGUUACAUGUAAGUGCUUUGCUUUUGAAAAAAGAGUGUUUUUAAUUUCUAAUUUACAUUAUAUUCUGAUUUUGUUUUGCCAAAUAUUCACCAUGUAGCAUGCUCCUUAAUAUAAAUUUCAGAAAGAGUUAUUUUUUCCAGCAAGAAUUACAGUAUGUGCUGAAAAAUUGCACCUCUGCUCUAUCAGAUUUCAUCAAGAGAAUCAGUUUUUUAUUUCAUGCCUACUGAGAUUUACAUGUACACUGCAAAGUGUACAUAUAACAAAGCACUUCACAUAUAGUCCCUCAGGAAACUAGUUAAUUUUGUUUUCCUGAGAGUCCUGAUGUUUCCCUCAAUGUCAUCUCAGGAAAGAUCAGGACUCUUGGGAAAACAAAGCUAACUGUUUCCCUCACAACCACACAUUAAGUGUAUAAUAUUCUCUUGAUUGUAUUUAGCCUGUAAUCAUACCCUCAUCGUAAGCCCUUCAACAAAAGCAUUUCUUCCCUAGUGGGAAAUUGAGAGGCCUUGAAUGAUAUGAGUUGGUGAGAGAUCCACAAGGGUCUAGCGCUGACGAUUGUUAGUGCUGCACCCCCCCUGACAAACCUUUACCUGACUCCUCUGAUAUUUUCUCAAGGGCUGAGAAACACAUGUCUUCAGUGCAGUGCUAAUGAACAAAAGAUCUACUAUCUUAAGAUUCUUUGGAUCAUAGCUAACAGUGCACUGGAAACCUGAAAUGGCUCAAAACAAGCAUCAGAAAAUUCAUAAACAAUGCACCCUGAUGAAGGGCUAAAGCCUAAAAGGUCAGCUUUAUAAACUCUUAAAGGAGGCCAAUUUACAUUAUUAACUCAGUCCAUAACGCAAAAUUAUCUUCUAAUACUUCCUGCAGAUGCAGAGUCACAACUUCUUUAGCUUCUGAAAAGGUAAGUUUCUAAAGAAGCUGUGACACCUGAAGGAAUUUGAAGCCUGAUUAUCAAAAAUGUUUGUUCACUGUCUAAGAAAUCAAUAUUUCAUCGACGCACUCUAGUACCCAUUGUGAUAAAUAUGUUUAACAGACAAACAUCCAUUUCAAUCACUUAUUUCUCAGACAGGACAAAAGGAAGUGGUAGCUUCAGUUGAUAGUGAGUAUUGCUUAAGAAGUGCCUCAAGUUUGUAUUUUGUAAUUCUUUUUUCUUUUAGUUAACUGUGCUUCAAUUGAAUACUAAAUAGUCUAUAUUAAAAAGAUAUAUAUAUUAAAAAUGUAUUAUCGUGAAAUCAAAACAUUAUUAUUCUAAAAACAAUUUUAACCACUUUUGCAUUUAGAGGACAAGCCAGAAAAUCGUUUCAAUGAUGGAAAAUGUGAUCCAGUAAGUAUUUUCACUUUGCAAAAUACGUACAUAUUUUUGCCAUAAACUGAAUCAAAUUUGUUAAAAUAAAGCAAAAGGUGUUGUUUCUUGUCUGAUAUUACUAAAAUAUAAUUAAUAUCAAUUUUUCUUGGAUUUUUUUUUCAGGCUGGGCGAUUUUGGGCAGGUAAAUCACAUGGAAAAUACUUUAUAUUUAAUAUGUCCAGGAUUAUUCCGUGUUCCGGUUCUGGCUUAUGUGACUGUGUUGUAUUCAUUCAUAAACUGUCUAAUAUGUUAAAUUACUAAAUAAGUAAAUAAAGUGUGGGCAAACUUGGAAGGUAAAAUGCCAAGAUGAGACCUUUCGUGAAGUAGAGAGUCAUGCAAUAAUUUGUCUUUAUUAACGUAACACUUUAUUUACAAACACACCCUUAGCCAGUAUACCAGUAGAAGGAAGAAAGAAAUGAGAAUUUGAUUCUUCUUGUCUUAACAGGUACUAUGGGUCCAGAAGAAAGGCCAGUGUGUGUAAAACCACAUCAAGGAUCUCUGGUAUUGAACAUGUGACUUGAUCAUAAUGAUAGCGGAGCUGUGACUGCGUGCAUCACGCGUGCAGUGUAGCUCCAUACUUAACAACAUUUUAUUCCUUCUAAUAAGUGGCCUUGUGAGGAAUAAUGGCGGCUAUGCUGGUACGAUAAGAAAGGAAAUAAAGUUAGCGAUAUUUAGGGUGAGUAGGGGCUGACUAGGAUUUCUUUAAAGGAGGGGGAUUCCCAGCGACGAAUUUCCACGAGCCUAAUGUGAUGUGACUUAUGCCGCUACUCUAGCUUAGGUAUAAGCGGUCUCGUAAUCAUGCGGCGGGAAAGACUGACUAUGUGUGCUUUGAAAAUUGCUGACUCGGCUCCGCGUGUUUUUCGGAUGUCUUAAGUUUGCCUGCGUAGCUAACGGUUUUGUGUACGUUUUGAGGCGUCAAGCAGUGGAGCCGUGAUGACCAGCAACGAAGCCGCGUGAGGCUUGGGUCUCGCUUGUUUUAAAGAGCACAAAAAACGGCCGGCUUCACUGGCUAACCUGAAGUAUACGAUUUGAUUAAAAGGAAAAAAGGAUCUUUUUUUCCUUUUUUUCCCACAAAAGAAGAAAGGGGGCUCACAGAACACCCCAUUACUCUCUUCGGACACCCCCUGUGGAUUGAUUGGUUGAAAAUCCAACUAGCCCUUGCUUAUUGCUGAAGAACAGCAAAGCUGUAGCCACUCCUUAGUUUGCUCUUUGCAUUUCCUACCAGCCCAUCUCUCCAGUUUAUAUGUGAGACCUAUUCCACCUCCUUAACCCCACUACUGCCGCGUUCCACUCUUGUUUUGACAUUCUGCCUCAACUUGUUUCUCAGUUCUCUUUAGAUUGCAAUAUGGCUGUACGAAAUUUGGUUGACAAGGUUAGUUGAUUACAAACAGUUGAAUAUAGUUUUGCACAAAUAUGCUCUGGAUUACGGUCGCAGUAAUAGUAUCCUAAAACUAGAACAUGUGAUUGUAACAAGGUGGGACAGUAUAAACUGAACGGAUUAGUUUAUUGAUAACUAAAGCACAUUUCUAGUUAAUGUUGAUGUUUUACAAAAGUAAUUGACGCGUGCGGAAAGCAUGAAUUUCCAGUAGCGCGAUGAAAAGGCUUGAACAGAAAUCCUCUCCCUUCUGAAAAUUAAAUGAAUGAAAACAAUUCACGAUUUUAACAUUUUGUGGACUUGAAACGUGUUGUGAGAGAAACGCGAAGGAAAAAGAUCCUACUGGGGAAAGUAUGCAGCUCAAAAGCACGACGUGAAGCGGAUAUUUUGUAUCUUCCUGGACGUUUUUAAAAUGAUAGUUAAGUUUUCAUUCUUCCAUUUAAUAUUAUUAGAUUUAUCUACUAAUUUAUCGUAUUGCCUUCUUGUAUUUACAUAUUCUGUUGUUAGCUCUCAAUAUCCAAUGGUAUUGCUUGGACUCCAGACAAACAGACGCUUUAUCACGUUGACAGCUUUGAAAAGUAAGUACUAGUGAACUGCCAGAAAAACUUGAAAAAGUUAUUUUGGCAAUAUGCGCUGGACUAGCCUUUUUUGACCAGGAGGAUCAGUAAUAUUUCAAAUCGCUUCACGUUAGAGAUCACCUUAGAUUGUUUAACCGUAGAUAAAAAGUCACCCCGAGAUAAGCAUUUCUUAUUACAGGUUUUGGUGAGUAGUAUUGCUGAAACUGUAUUUGUACGAGUUGCGCUGCAUUUUGACGCCGAAUACGCAAGGCAAGGCAAAACACAAAGAACGAGUAAAAACACCCAGCGAUACGCGAACCAAAAUGUCUAAUAAGUUAUCUAUAAUCCAGUUGCUUUAAUUUAUGUGCAUUUCAUAUAUGACAUUUCUUACUAGAUACAGUCCGAUUGAACAGAUUUUUUUCCGGUACAAAAUGACCAACUGUUUAAAGAUCAAGUGAUAUUUGUACUGGAUUCGUGCGUUUUUUGUACCCUGCUUAAUACAGAUGGAUAAUAAUUCCAAAUAUUAUUACGAGACAGUUAAAUAUUGCAAGUGUACUUUUUUUUUGAUCCUAUAGCAAAAUCGACGCUUUUGAUUAUGACGAAUUGAGCGGCACGAUAUUUAAUAGGAGAAAUGUUAUAGUAGUGGACCAUUCCCUCGGGGUAAGUUAUUAGCUUAGACCUUGUUUUGAGACUCCAGCGAGCAACUUCAUCUUUCCAAAACUAUCUUCCAGUGUGCGGAAAACUCGACUAUGGACGCCGCCAUUUUUAAAAUACCUCAGUAACUGCGCUAAGCACAAAUUAAGCAAAGCUCAAUUGGCAGGAUUCAUACUACCCGGAGCACAAACAGCUGUUGCUCUUGUUAUCGUAAAAGUUUUUGGAGGUUUCAUCCCAUGAAAAGCUCGCCUCAUGACAACUUCGCCCUCUACCGGUUAGCCCCCAAUUCGUAUCGUUACAGCGAAAGACCCAACGUGGAUUUCGCGAUUUUAUGUUCCGAAAUGGUGUAAGAUUUCGUCCUAAAAGGAACAUAUUUUCCUCGAUGAAACGCCGGGGAAACCCGACGGAAUGCCGGGAAAUAACCUACGAGGUACUAGCACCUCAUAUAAGAGUAGUAGCAGUGCCUCUAGUUGCUUCCUGGUGCCACAGAAACCAGGAAAGAUAUGGGCAAUGUAGCUGGCAUUUGGCUCGCAUGCAGAUGUCUGUUAUAAAAUCGUGUUUUUGUUUCAGGCUCCAGAUGGAAUGACCAUUGAUGAAGAUGGAAUGUUAUGGGUUGCAAUGUACAACGGAUGGAAGGCGAGUAUUCAUAUGAAGAUAUGAGUGUUCUUUACUUUUAAGGCGACUGAAGGCGACUUAGCGUCCCAGAGUAGGCAUUAAACAUUUUGCCAAGAGCGUAACUACUCGUCUCACAAAAUCCGAUGAUUAAUUCCCCCUUCAGCUGCCUGAAAGUCAGAUAAGGUCUGACUGGAUGGGCCACUUUUUUCGAUCAUCGGUUUUUUUUUAUACCAUUAUCAAGAAUUACUUUAUGUUUCCCCGUCGUUGAAUUUAAAACGGUAUAUAUACAUAUUUUUGCAGGUGGCAAAGUUUAAUCCUUGUAGUGGAGAAUACUUGACCCAUGUAGAUCUUCCAACAGCUAAAGUUACCUCUUGCUGCUGGGCCGGCACCAAUUGUGAUGAACUGUUUGUCACUAGCGAAAGGUUAGUCGUAGCUCAGUUCCUUGCAGCGUCGCUGAGGAUUUGCGCUGAGUCAUGGAGUGAUAAAGUAAAACGAGAAAGGGUAAUUCUCGCCAAAAUGGUGUGAGGUAUGAGAAGACCAUUGUGAAAGGUCUUUGCUCCGACUCUUUUGCUUAGGUAGCAGUCUUAGACGUUUUUCUUGAACUCAGCGAGAGUCACGUGGACUGCAUGCUGCAUGAACGAAAGUCGCGUAAAGGCGUGGGGCGAGAAGAAGCAAAAAUGUGACAGCAUGGGAGGGAAGGGAUAGGUUCUUUUUCUUCUUCAUUGUCACUUCUCUUUCCUUUUCUUUUUUUUUUUUUAACUUAAAUCUUUCUUUAAAUUUUAGUGCUCGCUUGACGCCAGAAGAAAAACAACAACAGCCCUUGGCAGGUUCGAUUUUCCGAGUGAAAAAUUUAGGUACCACAGGCUCACCAGCAGUUGCUUUCCAUGGUUGAAUACAUGAAAGCUGUUUUACACAUGAAAAGGAGUAUAAAUGGGGUUUUCAUAAAUUUUUGAUACCUUUCGAAAGGAACGAAAGUGUUUUAGGAAUAUUUUUUUUAUUACAACUGAGUCUGUUAGUUACAAAAAAAAAAAUUUGCUCACGAGUCCACGAAGUGUAUUUAAAAGAAUUGAAGAAACGUUCCAGGGCUAGUAUUAUUAAAAUUGGUCUUUUUAAGAAGUUUGUCUUGUCAGAUAUUUUUCAGUCAUCGAAAUUCGGUGGGGCUUACAAACUGGCAACGGCGAGGAAAUUUAUAAUAGAGUCAAUUUGCAUGUAUUUAAUUACUAAUAAAGUGG